GGGGCGUUAGACCUCAUAAAUAUAAGAAGAUAAAGCGAACCCAUGAAGAAGUAAUAUUCGCUUCAUUUCACGAUGAUUCUGGACAAGCCGCCGAUGCACGCGAAUUAAACAAGGCGCCUUACAAGGAAGAAGUGGAAGCGUUGCGGGUCACACUUAGUCGUGAAGAACGGCUGCUGCACGUUCUGGCGGAUGAAAUUGCCAAAGUCAAGAUUGAGCAUGAACGCGCGAGCCACGCAUUGGCGCAGGCUCAAGCUGCCUUGGAUGCGGCGUCUCUCAUCUAUAGGACCGCCGAUACGAUGUUGCAAGGCCUAGAUGCCCAACACAACCAGCUCUUGCAAAAUGUGGCAGAGAAGCGCGCGACGUUGCAUCCUAUUCGACGGGUUCCGGCUGAGCUGUGGGCGGAUAUAUUCACGAGAUGGGUUGAUGAAGAGGAGCAAGUGAGAGUAUCGCGGCUGGACAGUCAGUUGCCUACUGAACUUCAUGUUCCGGCGACUCUCAUUGCUGCGUCUGUGUCUCACUUUUGGAGAAAGACCGCACUUUCGACUCCUGCUCUGUGGAGGUAUAUCACGAUAUCGAACCGGCCCUUGGCCGACAUUAAAGCCCACGUCUACGAAUGGGCGAGUCGCUCCUCUCCCAAAGUGGUAUCGCUGACACUUUGGGUCGCUGGAAGGGAUGGGUGGACUAAAGACUUGCAACCCCCUUCUACAACGUUGGACGGGCUACGACUCGCAUUGUUCUACUUGAAAGCCGUUCAGGUGUUCUCGUCCAUUGUCAGCGACGCGAGAGUGAAACUAUCCAAUCUGUCUGAAGUGUGGAUCGAGUUUAUCGAACCACCCGAGAGCGGUAGUAUCAUAGUUCCAGACCGUACAUUCCAGGUAAGCACCAGUGGAUCCGAAUUUCAUUUACUAAAGUGGUUUGCAGCUCCACCGUCUCAAGCGCCUCCACAACCUGACCCUUCGGAAUCUCUGGUGGAACUCACCAGGUGGACUGAAAAGCCUUCGAGUUCUCAAAAUCGAGCUCGUCACCCUCCAGACAGAUCCAAGACUACACAUCCAAACAUACCUCAAGGCGCCAUUGUGGAUUAUCCUCGAUUAAAAAGUCUGUCUCUUUGUCCACGGUGGAUGUCCGCUUGUAAUGAGGAUCUGGCACAAGUAAUGACAUUGCCUGCCCUACGGAUUUUGCGGCUUAUUUCAUGUCAAGUUGCCCCUCUGGCGGGACGAGAAGCCGAAGCGAUUUCAAGAUUCAUAGCCGACGUGGCUCCAGCGGUAGAAACGAUCCACUUCAACCUUCGGGGGGAACUAGUGCACCCUCAAAUCUUCCAGAUACGAGCCGCAAUCUCGAGACUCGAAUUUAAAGAUACAGAGAUAGCUAUAGACACUCUCGAACUUCUCACCAAACCUACGGACGGCGGCCCAACUACCAUGUCUCGUUGGCUCAUGCCCCAUCUCUCCAGCAUUCAUUUCGAGGACUGUGACUUGGCUCCCGAACUCGAUAGAGUGCUGGCCCAGUUAGUCGAAACCCGAGCAGAGGCAAGCCCCUAUAUUCGCCCGAACGUCAAUACGAGACUGGAGAGGAUUAAUGUUCGGCGGAACAGUGUAAAUUCCUGGACCUACCCGGUGGUUUGGUGA